UGACUUUAGUAUAUUAACACUUAUGGCGUGUAAACCAAGGGUUUGAAUCAGACAGGCACGGGAAUCAUAGUCUGUCACAGAGGCAGGCACCUACAUUCUUUACAACCCCCAGAAUUCGUAUUCCAUCCUUCCCCUGCCGCCCAACAUCCAAACCAGUUCUCAUAUUGAUACUAACCACAGUUUUCGAAAACGAUAUACUUUGAUUUUUAAAGAACGGAACUGGAGAGAGAGGCAUCAUGCCUUUCACUCCGACGAUCUUCUCGACGUCAUACGAGUUCCCUAUCCUCAGUCCUCCAGAUGUCUCUCCCGGCACUCGUGUCGUGGGGAUUUGUGGAAUAUCUUCCGUACACGACGAGCAUGGAGCCGUCCCGUCAGAUCCAUCUAAAGACGGCUGGUAUCAUGCUCAGUUCUAUCUCUUGCAUCAUUUAUUGGCGGGGCAAGGCGUCCAACAGAAAUGGAUAACUUCCGUCGCUCCUAACCGUAUAGUAGAUAACUACAGCCUGCUCACAUAUCCGGAUAUAAAAGGAACCCGCAGAAUUGUUCUCGAUAGGACUAUGAUCCAACGUGGAUAUAUGAACGAUGUGAAGGUCGUCAACCCCAAAUCCCUCCGGGAUGAGCUCAAAGACACACUCGAUAUCGAGGUGCAGGAUGGAAUGGAAUGCAGAGAACCCAUUUUGAUAAUACUGAUUGGGCAUGGAUCCAUGAAACACGGAGGGAUCCAUCUUCACAACCACACCUUCAAUUCGGAUCAAUUUCGCCUUUGGACUAUGGGCGCUGUCGACGCCGGGCUAGUGACGCCUAAUCCAUUCUCUGGUAGGGAAGGAGGCUGGUUGGUCGUACCUUCGCGCCUUCUUAUGAAUCGCCCACUGAACCGUUAUCCAUUCACUCAGCGUCGCCUGGCGGACGAAGGUCGAGGUAAAACGUGUGGGAGUGUGUGGAUGAUCGAAGUCCUGAGCUCGCCAGCCUUCAAGGAGCUCACGAUCCCUAGGGAUCCCGGCGACAAGAGAAUGGAAGAGAGACUUAUACCAGAGUUGAUUAAUGCUGUAUAUGAUUCACUCAUAGGCGGACGCGUCAAAUGCUGGGGGGUAAAUUUCGAUCCCGACACCGAUGCAUGGGAAAUAGACUUUGACAAACGCCGGGGCAACCCACUGUACAAGUUGGAAGAAGCCUGGUACUCCCUCCGCAGCCUCUCUCCAUAUGGUCAACCCUCAGUGUCUUCGUCUUCUCUCCUGGCUCUGCCCACCAAUCCUGUCGGUAACGAGCUUCCUGCGGAAUUGCUCAACAGGCUGGAAAGCCUGGCGGGGUCUUCUCAGUCUCAACAACCAGCACACUACACUGUGUCAACCCGUCGAAAAUUAUUGCCACUUAUCGACGCAUACCGACGCUCUCUGCCAGGCUUGGCAGACGAUCAGUCAGAAGCACUGCUGAGUGCGUUGAUCCAUAAAGUAGAGAAUAACCCAGAUUGCUGUCUCUCCCGACUCCACAGGGUGACCGCACACCUCGAGUACCGCUUUCGCCUCAUGGAGCUCGCCGAUCGCUAUGUCUCCUGUCUGGAUCUACAGGAACAAGGGCGCAGCUGCAACGGCUUCGAUAUAGAGAAAUGGAAGAGAGAACAAUCGCGUGAGCAGGUGAAUCGGCUCAAGGAGGUUGUUCGAAUAUUGGCAUCGAGGUUUGUGUUUCCGGCGACUAUUUUGGAGAAGCAAGGGAAGGUGUUCCCAAAGCCGUGGGAGUAUCUUGCCAUGGUAAUGAUGGAAAGGGGAGGUACCUCACGCGAGUUUGAAAUAGAUGUUGAGGUGAUAUUAAAUUUUCGCAAAGACAGGAUACGAGCAGCUACGAUGGCUGCUUUGAAAAAUAAAAGAGUUGAAGAAGCCAUGAGAAAGAUCGAUCGGCAUAUUAAAGAUACCCUUGAAGAUGAUAGCGAUGGCAGAGCCAGCUUGUUCGAUGGCGAUUUGUGGGUGAUUGUUCAAAAGGAUUAAAUCAGGAUCGAGCGUUGAUUAUAAACUGGAAUGAAUGUUGCCGAGGUGUACAGCGCCUGAUAUAUUUUGUUCAAUAUAGCUUACGACAUUAAAGCAACAAGCAAAUUGGGGGUUGAUAGAUACUAUAUAGG